AAAUAAUCGAUAACAGUUUGUUUGGACGAGCUCAAUUGCUAUAAAAGUUCAGUAUUUUUAAAUUUGCCAGACAGUAAAGAAUAACCAUAGAAUGAAAAUAAUUAAUUUCGUGUUAAUUGUAUUUGUCUGUUGUAAUGCUAGACAAUUUAAAGAGCUUAGAAACGGACCAAGUGAGAUUGAGAAAUUUCAGAAUGAAUAUUCAAAUAGGAUAGCAUUUGGUGAAUCUGCAAACAUUGGGGAUUUUUCACAUAUGUUGGCGAUGAUAAGUGCCACUACAGAGGUUUUUGUUUGUGGAGCAUCAGCAAUUCAUAAGCUGUGGGCAAUAACAGCAGCUCAUUGCGUUGCAUCAUUACAUCCAUUUCGCGUGAAAUUUCGUGGUGGAUCUGCAAAAAGACAAUCUGGAGGUUCAAUCUUUAUAAUUGAAAAUUUUUGGAUUCAUCAUCAAUAUGAUGACUGGAGGCUUGCAUUUGAUAUUGCAGUAGUAAAAGUUUCAGAUUCUACUCCAAUCGAAGGUAUCAACAUUAAACCUAUUGGAUUACCUUCAAGUUGUGAUGCUCUUUGCUGUGGUGUAUGCACAGGAGUCGAAGUCACUGCAUUAGGUUGGGGCUUAAAUGAAAAUGUGCUUGAUCCUGAAAAUCUCUCAAAAAUAACAACACCAGUUUUUGAUCAUGAAAACUGUAAACAUAUGUGGAUAAAUAGUGCAUAUAGGUUAAGCUUAGGACCAGACUAUUUUUGCCAAACAGUCAAUGAAGGAAAAGGAACAUGCAGAGGUGAUUCAGGAUCUCCAAUCAUAAUUGGAGAAAAUCAGAAUAAAAUUCAAGUUGGAAUUGUCAGUUUUGCAACCUACACAUGUGGUGAAGCUGUUUCACUUCCAAGUGGGUUUUUACGUCUUGAAUACUCUCCUAUUAGAAAUUGGAUUAAAAGAAUGACUGGAGUAUAAAAAAAGUGAAACGUAAAAAUGUGUAUAAAUGUACAAAAUGCUUAAAUGCUGAUUUAACUCUAAAUUAUUUUAAAAUAAUAUUGUAAACAUUGAAAUAUUAAUUAAAGAUUUGAAAA